AUGCUGGCUGGGCCCCGCGGGCAGGUGGCUCCGAGUGAGCCUGUCUGUGGGCAGGUUGACCCCGGGGAUGCUCUUUCGGGGCUUGGUCCUUUCCAGUUUGGCCUUAUGGCCGAGGGUAGGGGCCCGGCGAGUAGCCAUGAUGUGACGGAGCCGGGGAUUGUAGGAGAGAGGCUCGGGUCACCAGGAGUACUGAGUGUGCCUGGACUGAUGGACACCAUCGAGGAUCCAGUACGGGGGGCAGCUACAGUAUUCUGGUUUGGUUCCCCACACCAGGUGGAGGAGAGACCCCGGCCAGAGGCCUCUCUGGCAGGCACUGGAGUUACAGUAUACCCCCUGCAGGAGUCUUGCCCGGGCGAGCGCGACCUAGGCGGUGGGGCCCACGAGGUAGGGGGUCGGGUUUUAGUUAGCCACCCUGAGGCUGAGCAGCUGGCUCAGGCCGCCCGGGAGGGGAUGCCCCGGGAGGUUAGUAGGGAGACCAGAGAUGACCGGGUAGCGGUUGCAGGGACUACCAGUACACUGGCGGUGGAUCAUCCGACGGUGGUGCAGAGGGUCCGAGCGGCUGUUAUGCGGGCUGUCUCCGGAGUGAGUGAGGAUGACGAGGGGCAGCGUCGUCUGGAGGCCGAUUGGGAGUCCUAUGCGAUAGACUCCCAAGGGCUUUCAGGGGGUAUUUUGGUAUUAUGGAAGCGGGGGGUGGCGUCUGUGGAUGUCUUCCACAAUUGCCCCCAACAGGUUAUCAUGAUCAUUACCGAGCCUGAUACGGCUCCAUGGGUUUUGUGUGGGGUGUAUGCGAGCACUGAUUAUAGGAAUAGGAGGGUUCUCUGGGACGAGAUUACUAAUCUGGUUGUCCAGGGGUUUUCGACCAUGGUGAUAGGUGACUUCAAUUGUAUCUUAAGUGCGAGUGAGAAGAGAGGGGGACGACCCUUCACCGAUACAGUAGAUCGUAGAGAGUUCCGAGAUUUUGUGUCUCAGAAUGGCUUAGUGGAUCUGGGUUUCUCGGGACCGCGAUUCACGUGGUGUAACAACCAGUCUGGUUUGACUAGGGUGUGGGAGCGGAUUGAUAGGGCUAUGGCGAGCCCCGAUUGGAUCAUCCGAUUUCCCACCUACCAGGUCAGACACUUAUCCCGUAUUGCUUCCGACCAUUGUCCACUGUUGUUGUCAACAACUUCGGAUACUGGCCAUCACAGCCCUUUCCGUUUUGAGAAGGUGUGGUUGUCCUACCCUCAGUCCUGGGAUAUCGUUCGGGAGGCAUGGUCCUUGCCGGUACACGGCAAUGCCAUGCAGAGGGUAUCACGAAAAUUGGAACUAACUAAGAGGCGGCUCCGCCGUUGGAACCGCGAGGUUGUGGGAGAUAUUUUCAGGAAGAUGGAAGUGGUAGAGGCUGCCAUAAGCAAUCUUCAAAGCAGGGAAGAUCAGGAAGGUGAGCUCCCGGAGGCAGACAUGAUUAGCCUACGGGGUCUACUUGCCGAUCAUCACUCGUUGCUACGGCAACAUGAGGUCUUCUGGAGACAGAAGUCCAGGGUCCAGUGGAUAAGAGAGGGAGAUCGGAACACCAGCUUCUUCCACCGGACGACGGUCAUCAGGAGGCAGAGGAACAUGAUUCGUUCCCUGCGAGAUGGGACUGGUCGUCAGGUGGAGGGGGAGGUAGAGGUUAGUCAGGUACUGCUAGAUUUCUUUCGGUCCAGGUGGACGAAGGAUAGAGAUCCCGGGGAUGUUGGCCAGCUCCCGAGGGCGGAUACGCAAAUCGGAAUGUCGGAGAAUGCACUCCUGGUUCGACAUGUGACAGGGGAGGAAGUGCAGGAGGCGGUCUGGGCCCUUGCAGGGGACAAGGCCCCGGGGCCGGACGGCUUUCCACCUUUCUUCUUCAGGAGAUAUUGGGGUGUCAUUCGGGUUGCAGUGGUGGAGGCAGUACAGUACUUCUUCAGUCAGGCAGUGAUGCCCGAUGAUUGGAGAGCUACCUAUGUCGCGCUGAUACCUAAACGCCAGGAUGCGAGGGAGCCUAGCCAUUUCAGGCCCAUCAGCUUGUGCACAACCCUUUAUAAGGUGGUGGCAAGGAUAAUGGUGGGUAGGAUGAAGCAUUUGCUGCCAGGCCUCAUUUGCCAGGAGCAAGGUGCUUUUGUGGGGGGUAGGAAUAUUUCUGAUAACGUCAUGCUGGCCCAAGAAAUGAUGUGGGAUUUGCGACGGGCCUCUAAGCGAAGAAGCAUGAUGGAUGUCAAGCUGGACAUGGAACGAGCUUAUGAUAGGAUUCGGUGGAGUUUCUUAAGACGCGCUUUGGAGUGCUUCGGUUUUCAUGAGACCUGGAUUGAGUGGGUGUUGGGGUGUGUCCAGGGGCCGAGAUUCUCCAUCUUGAUCAACGGCACGCCCUCCUCUUUCUUUAGGUCUACGAUGGGGCUUAGACAGGGAUGUCCGUUAUCCCCAUACUUGUUUAUUAUCUGUUCAGAUGUCCUGUCUCGGGCUCUGCGGGAUGCUUGUGCUAACCGGGAACUGGAGGCGUUUGUUCCCGCCCCAGGGUCUCGGUCUAUAUCGCAUCUACUAUUCGCAGACGAUUGCUUACUCCUGGCCAGGGCGCGGGUAGAGGAUGCCCGUGUACUCAAGAGAGUUCUGGCGGAGUACUGUGCUAGGUCGGGUCAGAAGGUUAACCUUCAGAAGUCAACAAUCUCCUUCAGCCCUAGCACUGAGCAUAGAGUCAGACAGGAGAUUCGGGGGUUACUUGGGAUGCCGGCUCAGGACGGGAUCUGGAGUUACCUGGGGGUACCCAUCACGGGUCAGAGGUUACGGGUGGCGGAGUGUUCAGGUCUGGUGCAUAGGAUCCAGAGCAGACUGGAGGGGUGGAGGGCAUCUUCACUUUCCAUGAUGGGUAGAUUGACGCUGAUUAGGUCAGUGCUAGCUUCCAUGCCUGUCUACCUCAUGGCCAACACAGUAGUUCCGAGAACAGUGCUUAUGAGGGUUGAGCGGCUACUUCGGAGCUUCCUGUGGGGGUCGUAUGGAGGGGGUCACGGGGUGCAUCUAGUGGCAUGGGAGAGCGUUUGCCUACCAGUGAGAGAGGGUGGCCUCGGGGUCUCGUCUCUGGUGGAGCGACGUGAGGCGCUGAUUGCCCGACAUGCAGCUCGAUUCACGUUGGAGCCACAGGGAUUCUGGAGUCAGACUAUGGCUACCAGAUAUGGCCGUACUGGCACUGCAGGGGCGGUCCGCAGUGGGCGUCGUUGCUCAUUCAUAUGGCGAGAGAUUGCCAGAUACCUUCCCAUGGUUGAGGAGAACACUAGAUGGUUGAUAGGAAAUGGGCAGAGUAUUGAUGUGGUUGGUGACCCAUGGGUGGGUGCCCUACCCUUGAGAUGUUGGCCGACUAUGGUUGACAUCGAGGCAGUGGAGGGACUGCGGGUCUGUGACCUCCUUGUCCCGGGCGGGGGUGCCUGGGAUGAGGAUAGGGUAGGUUACAUGUUUGGGGUACACUUGGCUGAGAGGGUUAGGUCCCUUCCGAUUCCGGGAUAUGCGGGUCCGGAUACCCGGGUGUGGAGCACGUCGUGCAGGACCGGAGUGAGGGUGGGGGACCUCUUCCGUGUGCUCCGGCCGGAGCAUGAGCCGGGGCCGGAUUGUGCCUGGGUCUGGCGCCUAGGCCUCCAUCCGAGGAUCGCACUGUUCUUAUGGAAGGUCGCUUGGGUUCGGCUUCCGACAAGAGCAGUAUUGAGCGCACGGGGUUUGAGGUUGUCCUCAGAGUGCGGGGCAUGUGGAGUUGAGGAGUCGGUGGACCAUGUACUGUUUCAGUGCAGAUGGGCGAGGGCGGCGUGGUGUGCGGCGAGGCUGCCAUGGGAUGGUUGGACCCAGGGGGACCAGUUCUUACGAACUAUCCGCUGGUGGUCGGGUAACCCAUUGACUCGCCAAGAGGCGGUUAGAGCGACCUGCACAGCAUACCAGAUAUGGCUGGCUAGGAAUGCUCGAACCUUUGGCGAGCAGAGCAAGUCGCCCAGGCUCGUGGCGGAGAGCGCCCGGGCGCAGGCGGCAGAGUUUAGUUGUGGAGCGGGUUUUGUUAUUCGGGACCCUACCUCCAGGGUUGUGGCGGCAGGAGGCUGUCAGGUAUUUGAUUGUACGGUCCCUGGAGCGGAGCUGAGAGAUGCCUGGGCGGGCCUUCGAUACGCUCAGCAUAUGCUCUCAGCUAGAUCUGUCAUCUUGGAGGGUGACUCGGCUACGGUCAUUAGUUGGAUCCAGGGAGGUCUGAGAGCCGGUGCUGCCGACCAUCCCUUCGUCCGCGAUAUCGGGUUGAUCAUGAGGGACGGAGGGGUGGUCCAGGCGAAGCAUGUGUUUCGAGAAGCCAAUGGGGCUGCGGAUUGGGUGGCCACGUAUGUGGCCAACCACACCGGGAGCACCUUAUGGGCUGGGGACGGGGAGCUGCCUCGGGAGCUCCGGGAUGUCUUGUUUUCCGAUUUUAUUGGGUGUAUCCGUACACGUGUUGUAUAG